AUGCUUUCAACAAGUGAUGCUCUUGCCCUCAUUUUUGGUGUCGUCUCUGCAGCACUAGCCGGCAUCGCUAUAUUCAUGGCUCGUAAGGCCCGCGUCAUGAUGAAUGAUGUAAUCGAUAUCGAGGCACAUCCCUUGGUAGCAGGUUCUCACGGAGAUUCUACUAUUGGAAAGAGACAGGGUGGUAACAAUGAGGCUAUUGAAGAUCUCUUGAAGUCGAUUGCUAGGUUGAUUCAUUAA